AUGGACUUGGGCUUCAGGCUGGCGUGGCUUUAGAGGGCUUCGUUGUCGCGGCGCGGAAAAGCCCCACAAAGGGUGUGGUUUCAGCCCAUUUAGCAGACAAGUCGCAUAUUUCACUGAGCAACCGAAGAUAGCUGGGAUAGGCUCCAGCACGCCCGUGACCCUAGUGACGAGAAGCGGCUCAGAAAAUGGAUGGAAGGAUAUUUUUAAUCAUUCAAAUUUGGCAGGCUUGUUAACAACACUGCUCUGUGUGGUGUGUCAAAUUCAGAAGACUUUUAUUUUCACUUGCAGGGACUUUAAGGCUGCUGGGAAACUCCAAUUGGCGCUUUGUGAAGAGACAUUUUGGUCAUUUUAAAAAUAUUGUAUCAAAUAACUUCAUGCAAAGGUACACAUGCAACUGCUCUUCCUAUGAACAAAACUGGUUGCAACUAAUUAAUAUAGUUUAUAUGCUAAUUUAGCUUUUUAUCCAACAUACUCUGAGAACUCAGGGUACAGUACAUCGAUUUUUCGAACAGUGUCAUAGUGUAUUUUUUCCUAGGUGGUCCAAUUUCCCAGUUUUCAGGAAGGCAGCAUGAAUGCAAAUUGACACAGAUAACAUUUCUUUACAGGGGACUUCUCAUGGUCAGUAUACAAAUAUUUGGGUCUCUGGAGUGUUUGCCGAGACAUUACUUGUGAAAUUAUACAACCGCAUCUUUUAUUUUCCUAUAUCUGAAAAUGUGUCAAUGAGCUGAGUUGUUCUGCAUUUCUUCCCCACUUUGAAGUACUUUUAAGUAUCGUUUUGUGUUUGGCCACUGUGCUCGACUGCUUUCUUUUACUUCCACGUUCUGGGCUACGCAUCCGCUUGUAGACGCAGGCAUUCGGCCCACGUGCCGGACGGGAUGAUCGGGGGCUUGCUCACUGCAUGAGACACAUCCACCCCCUAAAACUAGCAAACUCCAGCAUGGACGCUGGGAGGAGCGUUGAGAUGAUCCCCGGCAGGGUGUGGAGUUUCUGGAACAAGGUCAAGAUGCCUUCCGACGGGAAUCACCCCUUGACACUUCAGUUUGGUCUGAUCAACCACGAAGGUCGCUACCUCACUGCUGAGAUGUUUGGCUUCAAGGUCAAUGCAUCAGCUCCAAGUAUGAAGAAGAAGCAGAUCUGGACUCUUGAGCAGGACACUCAGGACUCUCGCGUGGUGUACCUACGCAGCCACCUCAGACGCUACCUGGCCUCCGACAAGGACGGCAAGGUGACCUGCGAGACCGACGGCCGCCACUCAGACUGCCGCUUCCUCAUCGUGGCCCAGUCGGACGGUCGCUGGGCUCUUCAGUCCGAGCAGCACCUCCGCUUCUUUGGCGGCUCUAGGGACUACCUGUCCUGCUUCGCCCAGGGCAUCACCGAUGCCGAGCUGUGGUCAGUGCACCUGGCUCUGCACCCUCAGGCCAACCUGUUGUCGGUGGCCCGCAAGCGCUACGCCCAUCUCUCGGAGGAGGACGGCGAGAUCUCUGUGGAUAUGAAUAUUCCCUGGGGUGUGGCCUCAAUCCUUACUCUCGUCUACCAGAACGGGAAGUACUGCCUGAAGACCUGUGACAGUCGCUUUCUCAGCAAUGAUGGGAAGCUUGUGAAGCAAAGCGACAAGACCACAACAUACACGCUGGAGCUCAAGUGUGGAAAGUUAGCUUUCAAAGACUGUGAGGGGAAGUACCUGUCUCCUACUGGCCCCACUGGCACCUUGAGGUCCGGCCGCUGCUCGAAGCCGGGCAAAGAUGAACUGUUUGACCUGGAGGAGAGCCAGCCACAGGUGGUUCUUAUGGCAGCCAAUGGGAAAUACGUCUCCAUGAGGCAAGGAGUAAGCCUCGCCGCCAACCAGGAAGAUGAGACGGACAUGGAGACGUUUCAGAUGGAGAUGGACAAGGAGAGCAGGAAGUGUACUUUUCGCACCAUGCAAGGGAACUACUGGGCCCUGGUGGCCCACGGAGGCAUCCAAAGGACAGCCUCACAACUAUCAGCAAACAGCAUGUUUGCAAUGGAGUGGCUUGGUCACAAAUUGGCAUUAAAAGCAAACAAUGGAAAAUACAUCUGCACCAAGAAGAAUGGACAAUUAUUGGCUGUCAGUGAUUCCAUAGGUGAGAUUUUUUUUUUUGGGUCCAAAUUUCCACCUACUUCUGGACUCAGAUAUACUUCUCUUUGUAAAAGUCGCUGUCGUCUUUUGUCAGGGGAGGACGAACAACUCAGUCUGAAACUGAUUAACCGGCCCAUGCUAAUUCUACGAGGGGAGAAUGGUUUCGUCUGCCACCACAAGAACUCCAACACUCUGGACGCCAGCAGAUCUGUUUACGACAUUUUCAGCCUGCAAUUCAGUAACGGCGCCUAUCAUAUUAAAGGUGUGAACGGUCGCUUCUGGUACGUCAAUAGUGCCGGUCUGGUGUGCUCGGAUGGUGAAGCCCCCGAGGAUUUCAGCGUGGAGCUCCGAGAGCGCGGCCGCCUCGCCAUCCGGAGCACGAAUGGCCGGUACCUGCGUGGGGACCAAGGAGGCACGCUUAAAGCAGACGGACUCAGCUUGAGCAGCUCGGCUUUGUGGGAGUAUUAAUAACGGGGGUUACCUGUGACCUCGCUGUUGGCUCUGUUGUCAUGGAAACAGCAGUGUCUAGAAAUUGAACUUUGAGGUACAAUACAGAUGGAUUUUGAAAAGAGGCCCUUAUGCUCUUAUUCUAAUUAAUAUUCGCGAAAUAGUAAUUCAAAUGGUUGCCUCACAUCAUGAUUGACCCUUUGGAUAUAAACCCUGAGCCUAUAUUUUUUUUAGGGCCAGAGCUGUAUAGUACUCUAUCUCUCCUCGUCCUUUCUUCUUCAAGGAAACUUAAGUGGUGCUUUCAAUGUGUAAUGACACUUUCCACGCAUGGGGGUCAUUUGAGAAAGACACUGGCACUGUUAAGGGAAAAUGAAGGUCAAUUUUUAGACAGAGUCCCUCAUUAGUGUGGCACAACUGUCCCAGGGAGUUUAUUAGCAGAUGAGAUCUGGUUUCGAGAAACAGUAGAAGACUGUACUGUACUGUACUGUAACUAACACUCAUGCACACUACAUACUACCAAGAGAAUAAUUUCAGCCCUUUUUUUUUUUCUUGUCUCAGUGUAUUUUUAUUCACUGCCUCUCCCUUUUUUUGGCGAUGUAGACAAAGAGGGUUCAUAGCAAUGGUCUAUGUUUGGGUUGUAUGGUCACAUUGUAAUGCAAA